GGCGUAGGUUGGCAGCUCGGCCAAACACAAGCGUGCAUCACUGUGAAAUUUUUUACUUAAAUAAUCAGAUUUGUAAUAAACCGUAGAAAGAUGUGCUCGCGUUCUCCCAAAGAUAGAAGCAAUUCGCGUCGCAACUAUGACAGAAACUACAAGCACAAGCGUUCCGGGUCGUCGUCAUCGUCUGGCUCCGCAUCGUCUGCCUCGUCCAGACACGAAAAUAGCCCAUCCCUCAGGUCUAAUUUGGAAUGCUAUGGAAACAACCGCAGCUCGGGUUCACGUCGCCGUUCUCGUUCUCGCUCGCAGUCCCGUUCCAAAUCGCCUGCAGGAGCACGCCACCACUCUAAGCGCCACUCACAGGAACGUCAGAUUGAAGGAAGCUCGGAACGUACCAAGACGAACCGCUGCAUUGGCGUCUUCGGCUUGAGCACCAAUACUUCGCAGCAGAAGGUGCGCGAGCUUUUCAGCAAAUACGGCCCCAUUGAGCGCAUUCAGAUGAUUAUCGAUGCCCAGACCAACCGCUCGCGUGGCUUCUGCUUUAUUUACUUUGAAAAUGUCGCCGACGCCCGUGUGGCUAAGGAUUCCUGCUGCGGCAUGGAGAUUGACAAUCGUCGCAUACGCGUUGACUUUUCAAUAACCCAACGUGCCCACACUCCUACUCCUGGAGUCUACAUGGGACGUUCGUCUCGCAACCACAAUGGUCGCUCAGGUUCACCGCGUGGCUCCCGUUAUCGCGACCACGGGUCUGCAGCAACCAAGGAUUCCUAUCGCGGUGGCGGUAACUACCGCUACGAGCGUGACUACCGCAACCAACGCGAUAACCGCGACAACCGCAACGAACGUGAAUACCGCAAUUAUCCCAAGAUCUCUGGUGGCAAUCGUUAUGGGCGCAGUCGCAGCGUUUCCCGUUCUCGCUCGCCGGUGCGCAAGUACCGCACCUUAUCUCGUUAUGAUUAGAUCCCUUACAAUACACGCCAAUAUGC